CGAAUCGUAGCAUCAGAGAAGUGUAAAAUUGAACACAACAAUAUAUCAAAGAACUGUAAAACUGAACUUAACGAUAUAUCAGAGAACUGUACAUUUGAAUAUCGUGAGGAGUCUCUGUCAGUUCCUGCUUCAUCGAAAAUUUCUGUUUUGUGUUUAUAUUGAUACUUCACAGAACUACAGAAAAAAAGUUGAAAUAGGAAAAAAAAACACGUGUUGCUGAUUGCUAUCGAGAUCCUCGCUAACUACCAACAUGCGACACAUCGUUAACCUAGAAGACAGUCAGCUAUUAAAGGUUUCUCCAUUCCCGAUAGAAGCUCACGACGGACAUCAGGUGAAGUCCGGCAACAUCUACCUCGUCCAGACGGUCAACCGGCGAAGUCGGCGCAUCCCCGUGUAUGUGCAGGUGUAUCGGAACUCGUUCGAGCACUACGCCGUCGUGUCAAGGAACAAACUCUGUCCUAAGUGUAUGUUCCUCAAUCUGAGAAACUCAUUCGUCAUGCACAACGACAACGACGACGACGACAACGCCGGCACCGAGCUGAAGGUCGUGUCCAAUGACUUGGAAGGCACGUCGCUGGUCCUCGACGUCGUCGUCAAGGAAGACGUGGCCGACUGGGUGGACGUACUGCAGAGCGACUCUCCCGCGUCCUCGCCCAAGCUGAUGUCAUCGUCGCCGCCACUGUCGUCGUCGGUUCGCAAGAUGUCACAGUUGCAGACGUUGACGGAGUCGGAAGAAGAAUGAGGCAGCUAGGGUUGAAUGGCUUGUGAGGUUGAACUCUUUAUACAAGACGUGGUUGUGAGUAAAGGUUGUGAUGACCGAACAUUUGAUCGAAAGGACAGAAGAAAGUAGUUUUUCAGGACGUUUUCACGAAGCUGAGCGGUGAUCAAUGGAGACAGGUGGAAUGGACAGAAAAAAGAUUUGCGUUGUCGGGAACUGUGAUGGAAUUGGUGGAAUUGACAGAAUGAGCAUUCGUUUUUAAAGACGUUUGAUGAGCUUUGUGAUAUUUGAACUUUGGUGACACUGGAAGAGUGAAGUAAGUUUUCAAGACGUUUUUGUGAACUUUAUGAUAAUUUAACACUGGUGGUAUUUGAGAUUAAAGAAGAAAUACUUUUUUAAAAAGAUACUUCUUUAAUGACUUUUGGUUGUGAUAACUGAACAUUGAUGGUAUCUGAACGUGAGUUGGACUGAAUCACCAUGAGUGAACUGAACUUGUUUGUUACGUUUUCGCGAACACUGACUGUGAUAAUCUCAGAUGUCUAUUGUUAUUACUUCUUGUUAUACUGUGCCAGUGCUUGCCUGGUGUGUUCCUUCUUUGAAAACUAAAUAAUUAUAUCCAUCUAAAUUAUAAGGUAAGAUUGCGCUCAUUAAAUAAGUAACCCGAAACUACUCGGAUCUGCAUAAUGUUAAAAGAACGUCUUCGACUCUAGUUAAUGCUAAUUUAAAGGCAUCAAGUAACCAUUUUUAUUAAAAACAGUAUGCUUACAAUAAACAAUACAGUAAAUUAUAACAUUAUCAUAAUUAUUAUUAAAAUACGUGGUCUAGGUUGGGUAACCGAAUUACAAUUUUGUACUGAGUUUCUGGUAUUUUUUCUAAUAUCUCAUAAUUAAUUAUUUUGUUUUAUGGGCGGGUCGCAAUCGAGGGGGGGGUGGGGGGGGGGGUUCUAUUCGUAGAAUCAUUUUAUAGCCCUUGGUAAAUAAUGAUAAGUUAUACAGAUGCAUCUAUGUGAACCUUAACAAAACUAAGCCUUUGAUUUAAUAUGUCUUUUACACUACGCAUUUGAUACGAUAUAAAGAUUUAAUAUACUGUGACGCACUGACUAUACCAAUACACAUAAAUAAUUUCAAACAUUUCACAGAUUUUAACAAAAGAGACAUAAUGACAUUUUGACUAUUUAUUAACACUAAUAUGCAUUCCAGACAUUGAUUGCGUUACACGAACUGUGUCUAUUAAAUUAUAUGCUGUGUCAUAUUGAUUUGGUAGACUCUCACUUACUCUUCGUGUAUGGUUGACGUUAUUACUGUGAAUACAGACUGAACUUGGACGUUCUUUUUUUUGAGAACAUCAGUUCAGUCGCUUAUUUCUUGAUACAAACAAACAAUAACCCAGUGUUUCAAUCAAUCAGUCACAAUAUUGGUUGAGGGGAGUGUAACGUACCCUACAUUUCAUUUCAACUUAUUUUCGUGCUUAUAUUCAAUUAGAGUUCAAGCACGCUGUGCUUGACACACAUCUCAGCUGUCUGGGCUGUCUGUCCAGGACAGUGAGUUAGUUGUUAGUGGUUAG